GGGCGCUGUCACGUCAUCUGGAAGUGGCGGUAGUUUCAGUAUGGCGGUUGUUGCUAAGGGCGUUCAUAGCAAUGGAUUUUACUGGGUUCAUGACAAAUCAGACGAGGAGCAGCCCAUGGUUUCUGUUACAGGGAUAAAUCGGAACACAGGUUUAAAGUUUGGCUCAGCAAAUAAUACAGAGGGAAAGAUCAAAAGGAAAUCUAGCAGUUUACAUGUGUCAACACAAAACUCUGAGACAGUCAUGGGAAAAUCUCCAGUUCAGAAGUCUAUCUCUACUGAAACCAAAUAUAAACUUAUUACACCUGCACAUGAACCAGCACUGGCUUCCCUCACCCCAGGCCAGGUACUCUCUACGGUUUCCCAAGCCAUGAGUAAGCCAUCACUGAAGGAUCUUUGCCCAGAGGACAAGCGUCGGAUUGCUAAUCUAAUCCAGGAGCUGGCCAGAGUAAGUGAGGAGAAGGAUGAAUCUGUACAGAAACUCAAGGAUGAACAGGAGAACUUUGAGAAAAAAAUUAACCAGCUGGAGCAACAAAACCAACUCAUAGUACAAGAAAGAGAAAGCCUGCAGCAGCAGUACAGAGAGUGUCAGGAGCUGCUGGGACUCUAUCAACAGUACCUUUCCCAACAGCAAGAGAAACUCAACAGGUCUAUCACCCUGCUCGAUCAGUCCUGCUCCCACAGCAAGGUACCAAGCAGCGAGGGGACGUCCAGGAGAUCUUGCUGUGGAGGUCAGCAAGGGAAUGCUUUAGGUGGCUCUUACUUGGACUUGACUUCUUUGGGAAGAAGGGCAGAUAGAGGUGGAUCAGUUACCAAAACUUUCAACGCUCCCACCAGCAGCUCUGACCACAACUGCGAAGUCCAUCACAGUCACAACCAUCAUGGAUGCUUUGAUAGGAGAGGCAGUGAUCCCAUGUGUAACAGGAAGCCCUCGACCUGUGAAGCCUCGAGGAUAGAACCCAUGCCCUCUCAUCAUCACCAAAGGGCGGAGAACGGCAGCUUGUGUGGCGCAGUACAAAUCAAACAAGCGACCCCUUUAGGUCAGGAGAACUGGGAGGAGAAACGUCAUCAUCUGCUUCUGCAGAAGAAACAGCUGGAGAUGAAGAGAGAGCAAAUUCAAGCCAAACUGGCUCUACAGGAAGAGAAACUUUUACUACAGAACCAACAACUUCGGCAGUCUUACCUUCACUACAGCAGGCUUCAACAAGAAACGACAGCCGAUUUUGAGAAUCGUCGAAAUGGAACCAACUGUGUUGGCCAACAGUCGAGUUUUGUGGCGGACCGAGGGGCACACAGCAGUGAAGUAAGAGAGGGAGAUUCGCAAACUCUGCAGCAAAGUGUUCAACAGCCUUCAAGUGAUGUCCGGUCACAAGAGCUCCCAGCAAAUAUCCAGCAACCUGCACACAAGCGCUCACAUGAGAUCUCCAUUAACAGGAAGGAUAUGGCCACCUCUCCCGUGGUUCCUGAAUGCCUUCGGACAUCUGCUCUUCCCACAAUUCCUCCUCUUGGUCUUCCCAGCACUCCACAGGUCUCUAGGUUGGAUGACUCUUUGACUGAGCUGUUAGACAUUUUAAGCCCUGAAUCAAACCCAGAGAGGUACAGAAUCAACCCCUCAUCCCAGAAGAGUUUCGUCACUUCUUCAUUCCUCCAGAGGAGCCUUCUGUCCCCUUAUGGCUCCAGCCGGCCAUCGCUGCUUGACCCGGAGGAGAGUCAGAUUCUAGAAGACAUCUUUUUCAUCUGUUGAAGGUUUUUGUUUCUUUUAUAAAAACUGCCCCUUUUUUGCCAACAAAUGCCAGACAACUUAACUGGAGGAAGAAUCGUGGAUUAUAAAUUCUUCAUUAUAGUCUGGUGUACAGUAGCUGCAUAUCGAUCUCAAAGAUUUUUUUAAACUAUCACCUUAUGGCCUUCAGGAGUUAUUUUAUAGGACCUAGAGAGAUUUCUCACCGUAAAAUUGAAUCCAAUGCCGUGACCGGUGGAUCCCAUUUUGCGAGCAGUUCCCAUUUAAACCAGACAUUACUUAAUAUUUACAGUGAAGGGAAAGUUCACCCAAAAACUCUGACUCCGGUUUCGUAGUCAAUAGUGAGUGACGCUCAUGAUCUCCUGAAGGGUUAUUAAAGCGACUCGGGCAAGCUGUAAUUGUUGCUUUACUGAUUUUAAUGGUUACAUAUUCAUGUGGUCUUAAUGCCUUGUCACACAUCAGUCUUAAAACGUAUCGCCUCUUAAUAAUUUGUUUCAUACAUUUUUUUGAAAAAUCAUGAUCUUUUGUUCUUAUGUCAGUGCAUUCAACGUUUAUGUUUGCCUUAAUAAAAUGUAUUUAUAUAAAGGGGUGGUGUUUAAUAUGCAGAUAGAUGGUUGGGCAACACUCUUAAUAUGUCUUAUAUCAGGGGGGCUGUUGAAUGCUUUAUUCUGAUUGGUUGAUAUGUUCCAUGGGUGUUGAUUAUUUUUCAAUAACCGCACACCUAACCUUUUUGGUAACCGUGGUAUAAGCGGAAUAAUUGACUCCGGUCCUUUG